AGGGCUUCUAGUUUUACUCGGCCUCGUCUCAUAUAUAAAUCAUACAACAACAGCGUUUGCUACGCCUCUCACACACAGAACAUCCCCGUCGAAGUGAGAGAGAGGGAGAUCGAGAGAACCAGGACUCGUCGGAGAUGGUCACUUACAAGUUUCAUCAGUACCAGGUCGUUGGGAGAGCUCUGCCGACGGCAACGGACGAGCACCCUAAGAUCUACCGAAUGAAGCUAUGGGCCACAAAUGAGGUUCGUGCCAAGUCCAAGUUUUGGUAUUUCCUGAGGAAGCUUAAGAAGGUGAAGAAGAGCAAUGGCCAGAUGCUUGCAAUCAACGAGAUAUUUGAGAAAAACCCAACUACCAUCAAGAACUAUGGUAUAUGGCUCCGUUACCAGAGUAGAACUGGCUAUCACAACAUGUACAAAGAGUACCGUGAUACUACCUUGAAUGGUGCUGUUGAACAAAUGUAUACUGAGAUGGCUUCCCGUCAUAGAGUUCGCCACCACUGCAUUCAAAUUAUCAAGACAGCAACAAUCCCAGCUAAACUUUGCAAGAGGGAGAGUACCAAGCAGUUCCACAACUCGAAGAUCAAGUUCCCCUUGGUGUUCAGGAAAGUGAGGCCACCAACCAGGAAGCUCAAGACUACAUACAAGGCUACUAGACCUAACCUGUUUAUGUAAACAUGUUGGUCAUUUGCUUGGAGGGAAGAAUGGCCUAUUUUCUGCAAUUUUGUUGCUUUAAUUUUGGGUGAGAAGUGAGUCCUUCUCAGGUGCUUGACGGAUAUUUUCAUUUUAAUUACAUAGGGUAUUAGACUUGUCACAAUAGACGGUUAUCAAAAUGUUGUAUGUCAACGUUUUGGUCUAUAGACUGCUUUCUACUUUAUGUCGUUCCUUUCAUGCCUUUUAUAUCUAUCAUCCAUGGAAGUCUUAUUUUAUCUACAUUUUGAGACAUCGGAUUCCUUGUUCACUGUGUUACUAGCUGUUCCAUGCGUACCUUGUAAUGAAUGUCUACUGCCUGCUUUUCUUGUUCA